UAUAAAUUUAAUUACUACCGUCCAAUCAUAUUUUAUGUUAAUAUUAUAAACCUUCGUUUAAACUUUAUUUUAUUAAAAGAUUCCAUUAAUUUUAUCACUAUAUCCUAUUUUACAAUUACACCUGCAUUUACCUAAAUUAUACUUUAUUAUUACAUAUUCGUUAAUGUUGUGUUUGCAGUUGAUAAGUCUUUUAACAUUUUAACAAUUUAUCAUAAAUCGAAGAAAAAGAAGUGAAAAUAAAUGUGUAAAUUAUUUUGACAUUUUAAAACUUAACCUAUAAAAGACACAAACAGGAAAACGUUUGUUUACGUUUGUACAUUUUAACUUUCUUAACAUAAACGAUGUCUCUAGCCGAUGAAUUACUGGCCGACUUGGAAGAAAAUGACAAUGAAGAUCUUUACGAGGAAAUGGAAGUUGAACCGGAGGUCAAAGAGGAAAAGCCGGACAUCAAAACUCUAAUUCCGGAACAAGACACCACUCAAAUAAACUCAGUACGCGAACUGUGCAAAUUACGGGACUCCGAACUUCUUACUAACAUCAUAAAGCAAAUCGAAAGUUAUAGCGGUAGAAUUCGAAGGGCUGUGGAUAUUAUUGGGCCUGUUGAAUCUGAUCCUGAGUAUCAGUUGAUUGUUGAGGCUAACAAUAUUGCUGCUGAUAUCGAUGGUGAAAUUGCCACUGUACAUAAAUUUGCAAGAGAUAAGUAUCAGAAAAGGUUUCCGGAGUUGGAGUCUUUAGUUGUCAGUCCUUUAGAGUAUGUGAGAACAGUUAAAGAGUUAGGUAAUGAUUUGGAUCAAGCCAAGAACAACGAAAUCUUGCAGCAGUUUUUAACCCAGGCCACCAUUAUGGUUGUUUCUGUUACUGCUUCAACCACACAAGGCACAAUGUUGACAGAAGCAGAAAAAGCUCAAAUUGACGAGGCAUGCGAUAUGGCGAUAGAAUUAAACAACUUUAAGUUAAAAAUUUAUGAAUAUGUGGAAAGUAGAAUGGCAUUUAUUGCCCCAAAUUUGUCCAUUAUUCUUGGUGCUUCGAUUGCCGCCAAACUGAUGGGAGUCGCAGGCGGAUUAACUCGAUUGUCCAAAAUUCCCGCCUGCAACGUCCAAUUAUUGGGCCAACAGAAGAAAACUCUCUCUGGAUUCUCACAGACAUCCAUGUUACCUCAUACUGGAUUUGUGUAUUUUACUGAAAUCGUACAAAAUACGCCACCGGAUUUAAGGCGAAAGGCUGCAAGAUUGGUGGCAACCAAAUCAACUCUGGCGGCACGAGUGGAUGCGUGUCACGAAGCUUCGGACGGAAGGAUCGGUCGACAACUUAGAGAUGAAAUAGAAAGGAAACUAGACAAACUGCAAGAACCACCUCCAGUUAAAUUCGUCAAACCUUUGCCGAAACCCAUAGAUCAGUCUAAAAAGAAAAGGGGCGGGAAGCGUGUCAGAAAAAUGAAAGAGCGUUACGCAAUGACCGAAUUCAGAAAGCACGCGAACCGUAUGAACUUCGCUGAUAUUGAAGAUGAUGCUUAUCAAGAGGAUUUGGGAUACACAAGAGGUACUAUAGGAAAGACAGGCACAGGGCGAAUCAGACUGCCGCAAGUUGACGAAAAAACGAAAGUUAGGAUAUCUAAAACACUUCAAAAGAAUUUGCAAAAGCAACAAAUAUGGGGCGGAAGCACGACUGUUAAAAAACAAAUAUCUGGUACAGCUUCAAGCGUCGCUUUUACUCCUUUACAAGGGUUGGAGAUUGUUAAUCCUCAAGCUGCUGAAGUCAAAGUUAAUGAGGCGAAUGCGAAGUAUUUUUCCAACACUUCUGGCUUUAUGAAAGCAGAAAAACCUGAAUGAUUAUUUUAUUUACUAGUAUUAGAUAUAAUUGUAAAUAAAACAAUAAUUAUAUUGUAAUGUUUUUAUUACACUUAGACAAAUUAAAUUAAUACAAAACUA